CAGUGGGACGCACGCGGAGAGCACGAGAGAGAGAGACAGAGACUUUGCCUCACACACACUAGGAGAGAGAGAGAGAGAGAGAGAGAGAGAGAGAGAGUUGCACGGCAGAGAUCUGCAGCAGCAUGCUCCAACAGAGUGAACAACUCCUGCGAGAGGACUAGACCGACUCCUGAUUCAAGCCUGAUUUUUCCAACUCGUCUAAAUACACUUUUCACAAGUUUGACUCUACAGACGCCGACACGUCUUCCUUCGUCGUUUUCCUGCCGUGGAUGAGUGCAAGACGCGUGGAUGGUUAUGUUUGAAAAGGAGUCAGGACAGCCACUGGACCAGUCGACUGCGACAGCGAUGCCUUCUAACAAAUACUCUGCUGCUAUCAUGGAGGAGAGCAACAACAUGACUGCCACUGCGCCCGUGAACGGAGACACACCUCCAGCUGAGGGCCUAUCAGAGAACGACAGUGGCGUGGAGCUGACCAAUGAGAACAGCCCUCUGACCGCGGCCGAACCGCCCUCCCCCUUCAGCCCCAAGCAGAAUGGAGACGCUGCCUCACCUCAAGAUGGUAACCAGUGUUCGGGAAGAAGCAGGAAGCGAGGCAGGAAGAAGUCAGUGGAAGAGGAAAGUACCUGGGACUCCUGCAGCGAGGACAAGUCUUCCGGAGCGUCUCAGUUGGGUUUGAGACAGACACCUCGACCCAGAACCAUCUUCCAGGCCGGUCUGACGCCGCACACACACAGCAAACCUCGCAGACAGAACCGCAAACAGGAGCACAGCGUGUUACUGUGUGGCGGUGGUCCUCGGGCGGCUGUGGUUGCGUCCGGCGGGGUCCCCGAGGUCCCCCGUUUGGAGCUAAUGGAACAAGACUCCAAGGACUCGGCCCAGAGCACCAGCACCUCUUCCAGCUCUGAAAUCCAGCCAGAGUACAAUGACAACAAGGGUUUUGGCAUCGGCGAGCUGGUGUGGGGGAAGAUCAAGGGAUUUUCCUGGUGGCCCGGCAUCGUGGUGACUUGGCGCGCCACCGGCAAACGGCAGGCCAGCCAUGGCAUGAGGUGGCUGCAGUGGUUUGGAGACGGCAAGUUCUCUGAGGUUUCAGCAGACAAACUGGACUCCAUCACUGCCUUCCCCAAGUUCUUCAGCCAGGCUUCCUACACCAAGCUGGCCUCCUACCGCAGGGCCAUCUUCCAGGCGCUGGAGAUGUCCAGUAUCCGGGCGGGGAAGACGUUUUCUCCCUGCGAGUCGGACAGUCCCGAAGACCAGAUCAAACCCAUGCUGGACUGGGCUAACGGCGGUUUCCUGCCCAAAGGAGAGGAGGGACUCAAACCCACGCACACUGCCGAAAGUAACCCCCUGGACCACCAGGUCCUCGAUGUUUCCCUGCCAGAGUAUUUCCCCAGCGCCAAGCGAGCCAGAGUCAGCCUCUGUAAGAGCAAGGCCGCCCCCGAGGAGUCCUACAGCAGAGAGCAAAUGGUGAAUGAAGUUCUGAAGAAUAAAAGAAGUAUAGAAGAGUUCUGUCUCUCUUGUGGAAAGAUGAGAGCAGCAACCUUCCACCCGCUGUUUGAAGGAGGCCUGUGCCAAACAUGCAAGGACGUGUACCUGGAGAUGUCCUACAUGUACGAUGACGACGGUUACCAGUCCUACUGCACCGUUUGCUGUGGAGGUCGAGAGGUUCUGCUGUGCGGCAACGCCAACUGCUGCAGGUGUUUCUGCGUGGACUGUCUGGACAUCCUGGUCGAUCCAGGAGCGUCUAACAACGCUCGGCAUUUGGAUCCGUGGCGAUGCUACAUGUGCCAGCCGCUGUUGCAGUACGGCGUCCUGAAACAACGGCAUGACUGGAGCCUCAAGCUGCAGGAGUUCUUUGCUAACGACAACGGACAGGAGUUUGAGAAACCAAAGAUUUACCCAGCAGUCCCUGCAGAGCAGAGACGACCAAUCAGAGUCCUCUCCCUGUUUGACGGCAUUGCCACCGGCUACCUGGUUCUAAGGGACCUGGGUUUUAAGGUGGACCAGUACGUGGCGUCAGAGGUGUGCGAGGACUCCAUCUCAGUGGGUGUGGUCAGACAUGAAGGAAAGAUCCAGUAUGUCCAUGAUGUCAGGGACAUAACAAAGAAAAAUCUUCUGGAGUGGGGUCCCUUUGACCUGGUGAUUGGAGGAAGUCCCUGCAACGACCUGUCAAUUGUUAAUCCAGCGAGGAAAGGCCUGUAUGAAGGCACAGGGAGGUUGUUCUUUGAGUUUUACCGUCUGCUGAGCGAGGCCAAGCCCAAAGAAGGAGAGGACCGGCCGUUCUUCUGGAUGUUCGAGAACGUGGUGGCCAUGGGCGUCAAUGACAAAAGGGACAUCUCACGCUUCCUGGAGUGUAACCCUGUUAUGAUUGAUGCUAUCGAGGUUUCUGCUGCUCACCGUGCCCGAUACUUCUGGGGAAACCUGCCAGGCAUGAACAGGCCUCUGUGUGCCUCGGGUAUGGACAAGCUGGAGCUGCAGGACUGUCUGGACCACGGCAGAGUUGCAAAGUUUGGAAAGGUGCGCACCAUCACUACCCGCUCCAAUUCCAUCAAACAAGGGAAGGAUCAACACUUCCCUGUCCUGAUGAACGGGAAGGAGGACAUACUGUGGUGCACUGAGCUGGAGAGGAUCUUUGGUUUCCCUGUCCACUACACGGACGUGUCCAACAUGGGUCGCGGUGCCAGACAGAGGCUCCUGGGCCGAUCCUGGAGCGUCCCCGUCAUCAGGCAUCUGUUCGCACCACUGAAAGACUACUUUGCCUGUGAAUAGACAUCACCCUAUCACCAGCGAACAACAAUCCCUGUAGCUGGGAAAAGUGAAAGUAGCUGUUAGAUGUCCAGUCCUGUCUGGAUCCUGGCGAUAAUACACUGCAGCCUUAAAGACACAUAACACACACUAACAAAGAGAUACACGUACAGCAUAGGUGAGCACCUUCGGCUGUGGUUUAUCACUACCCCACAGUGUCAGAAAGAGAGGGAGGGUCAAAGGUCAGGUGUGCGAUUCAUGACCCUUCUGCCUUUUUUUUACGUUAACAUUAAGCCUGUACAACGGUUUUAAUAGGAGUUUUCUUCUUUUUAAAUGGCCAUCGGAAGGCAUUGUUUUUAAGUUGACAACACUUAGUAGUUGUAGAAAAUAGAGAACAACAUGGCACCGUCGGUACAACUUUUCAAGUGGCUCUGUAUCAAACUUUUUUUUUUUUAGGAAGUGUUAAACAUUUCAGAGGUCGCUCAUCUCACCUCCGUCUAGCUGACGAUUAAACAAGCAAGCUGCUCAUACAGGCUGUUAACCUAAAGAAAAACACUUGAAAAGCUCACUUGAACCAAAGUCAGAAGAUGGACGGUUGAAGUCCUGCUCAGUGUUUGGGUACCUGCUGUUCCACUAACCUCGGCCUGAAUGGAUUUUCUCCCAAAAAAAAAAGGGGUUGUUCUUCGGCCUGUCUAGAAAAGCUGAAACAUGAUACUGGAGUUUAUGUCUCAAUUUUAAGAUAAUAAACAUGUAUAAUUGUGCUUGGUGAUAAAAGAUGAGCAUCUGUUCAUUUUAACCAAGAUAAACACUGAUUAUUUUGUUAGCAUUCAACAACAACUACAUAUCCCAUAAUGCUAAGCUGCGGUGAAAGCUUUGUGGAAGCUGUAGCUGUUCAAUGCUUACAAAAAAAGAAUCAGUCUUUAGUUUGCUCAUUUAGAUUCAAAUCUGGAAAUAAAACCUUAACAUGUUUGAGUUUUUCAAAAGACCACUGAAAGACGUCCUCUGUAAGAAAGUACAUCCAGCCGUGGAAGCUAGUGGACCAAAAGCUAACCUGGAAAUGAAGCAGGAGUUUGGUUUUAUAUCUAGAUGGGUUCACAUUCACAGUUUUUUGUUGUUUGUUGUAAGAAAAACAGUAAUUUUACCUUUUGUCUUUUGCUUUGGGAUGAGUUCAUAUGAAAAAAAAAAUUGCUUCCUUUUAAAAAAAAUAGAAAAGCAUCUUUUACUGAAGAUUAUAUAAAAAUGUUUUUGUAUAGAUAGUGUGAAACUUUGAGUUAUACUGUUAUGUCACAGCGACGUCUCCCUGAUAGCUACGUACAAAUACUUGAAACAAGCCAAUGCAAAAACAGAGAUAUAGAGAAUGGGUUUUUUGGCUUUUGCCAACCUUUCCAGACAGCAAAGAUUUAACAAGUGAUGGCGUUUAUCCUACUGUAGAUGUUUAGAUUUUAUCUUUAAGAAAUAAAAUUGUUUUAGUUUACUGUAACAGCUGGUGAUCCAGGUUAAAAGAAGUUCGUUUGAACCCAGGAAAGAGUGAGUGUCACUGUGUAUAAAUGUGGGUUUUACAACAAAACAAAUGGUGGUAAACACUGGUGAACACGCAAUCUCUUUUUGCAAACUAGCACUGACUACUUUUUGUUUAAGGGAGUUUUUUUAGUUUCCAAAACAUCUAACAUGGAGACUGUGAUGAAAAAUCAUCUCUACGAUGCUGGUUGAUACGGUGCUUUGUUCCGCAUGGUACAAAUGCUUUGGGAAACAGUGUGUAUAAAUACACUAAUUCUAAGUAUUUGUGAGUAUCCUCAAAGUGAGAACACAAAGAGUCUGAAUGCACACAUUUAUUGCCAGAAUUGUUUUCCUCACACACCAAGCUUUUGCAAUAAUGAUUAUUUUUAAUACUCCUUAAGAAAGAUAAAGAUUGUUUAUAGUCCACAGGUCUUUACCAUUUCUGAAUUAUUAUCUGACUGGAUAGCAGGGGGUUUUUUUUGCCUGCAAUUACAUGUCAGACUGUAUGCUUAAGCAUUAGCAUGUUCACCAGACAAGUAUUUACUGGACAGUUUAUUUUGGUACCAAUUCUCUUGAUGUGACCAACGGACCAUGCCAAAAAAAUCCUUUUUGAAAUACCGUUUCUGUUCUGAUAACUGGAAGAUUUUUUUAAAUGCUGUUGGCUGUCACCAAAUCCUUCUAAACGGGCAUUACCUCAGACAAAGGGGCAACUCCUCCUAUAGGAUCUGUGUUCUGUGAAUAUAUACUGUAGCUUUCUGCUCCCAUAUGCCCAGUAUAUAUAGAGAGAGCUUGCAUUUUAUCACUGGAACUUUUUUUUACACAAUGUUUUGCGUACUGUAUUGAUAGAAAGGUUUACAAGUGUUUUAACUCUGGUUCUACCAAGAACUAAAUUUUUUUACACAAAAAUGCACACGCCUUCUUAAAAUAACUUUUCUUUGUUUAAUGUUUAAAUGGCCAGCUCAUUUAGAAAUGCAAGACUCCUCUAUGGUGCUCAAAAGUGCCUCUUUUAGUUUUCCAGGUCGAUUUUCAAGUCCUUUAAAAACCAAAAAGUAAUUGUUUACAUGCUUCAUUAAUACUGCUGAACUUGUUGAAUGUUUUGUUUGAAAACAGUACGCAAAAAUUCUAGUGUUUCUCUUUUCUUUUUGUAACUGCUCUUUUAAGACUUUUUAUAUGGAGAACACAUACUAUAUAUUAACACAGUAUAAAGCUUGCUUGAAAUUUGUAAUGUUAUAGCACGAUAUAGAGCAUAAUAAUCAAUAGAUUUUUGAUAUGUUUUGUUAUUUAGACCAUUUGAGUGUGUAUUUGUAGGUUUGAGUGUGAAUAAUAGCUGAGGACCUUUUUUAGUAGUAUAACCUUUUUAUGCUGUGUCUUUUAUCAGAAUUGCAUUUUAGGAAUUUUCUUUUUGCCUUUUUAUGAAUCUACAGUGCAAAAGCAAUUCAAAGGAACAGAUUGUGCUAUUUUUAUACUUUGAUGUAUUUUUUUUUACAUUUGUGUACUUCUUAUAGCAACCUAUAUAUAUAAUUUGUACUCAAUAAAACGCAGCUUCGCUGCUGAAAACCAC